UCCCUUUUCCUCUAUUAACCCUCUCUCUCUCUCUCUCUCUCUCUCUCGCUCCCAAACAAAAAGAACUCAAGAGCGCCAAAAAUGCUUCUAUACCGGCUUUACCACUUUCUCUCUGUCUCCACAAAUUAAAUCAAAGUCUUCUAAAAUUGCUUUCCAUUUGUAGCUAGCACAUUGAUAGUGAUUUCCCUUUCUUUGUCUAUUCGUUCAUUUCUCUCUCUUCAACUGUCUUCUCUUCUUUUAUUUUUUCCAUUUCAAGCUAGUGCCAGUCAUCUCCAUACAAGAGAGUGAACAAAGAGAGAGAGAAUUCGUUUUCUUCAGUCUUCGGGCCUUCCGGUCUUUAAAAUAGCCGGAUUGGUCGGAGGCGGAGAUGGCCGCGGUUGCGGAGAACGCGAUCGGCGCCGGCGACCAGUUCGUCCGCAGCCCCCCGCCGCCGCAACAGCAGCAGCGCGCGAGGUCGUCGGAGGCGGAGUACCAGCGCGACGUGCGCGAGCUCGUCGAUCUGCUCUCCAAACUGAACCCCUCCGCCAAGGAGUUCAUCCCCUCCUCCUCCGCCUAUGCCGCCGCCCCGCCGCCGGCCGCCGGCCAGACUGCCUCCAGCGUCUCUGCGGGGCCCGCCGCCGGUGGGAGAAGGCCGAAUGGGUGGCUGUCGGCCGAGGCGCCGGUGUUCGUGGCCUACUCGGAUUACUACGGCGGAGCGAUCGUUGCGGGGAAUCGGGAUGUGGGCAGCGGCGGUGGGCCGUACAACGACCAGCAACCCCGCAGAAGAAAGAACAAUUACAGCCAGGGGCGCCGAAGGUUUAAUGAUAGAGUUCAAAGAGCGCAGAAGGAGGACUGCAUCAGGCGCACUGUAUAUGUUGCUGAUAUUGAUCUGCAUGUAACAGAGGAGCAGCUUGCAGCAUUAUUUGGUAGCUGUGGGAAAGUACUUGAUUGUCGUAUUUGUGGUGACCCCCAUUCAUUUCUUCGAUUUGCAUUUAUAGAGUUUGCUAAUGAGCAUGGUGCAAGAGCAGCACUAAAUCUUACCGGGACCAUGCUAGGUUACUAUCCUGUAAGAGUACUACCUUCAAAGACUGCCAUUUUGCCUGUGAAUCCUACAUUUCUUCCGCGGUCUGAAGAUGAAAGGGAGAUGUGUACAAGGACAGUCUACUGCACAAAUAUUGAUAAAAAGGUUACUCAGUCAGAUCUAAAAGAAUUCUUUGAGCUCCUUUGUGGUGAGGUUAGCACACUGCCCUCACUCAAUCUGGUUUCUCGCUCGAGGCUUCUUGGGGAUAACACGCAUUCAACUCGCAUAGCAUUUGUUGAGUUUGUUCAGGUUUCUGUUUAUGAAAAUCAAAAUCAAUGCAUAAAGGAUAUGACAAACUGAAUCGGUUCUUCUCAUGGUAUCAGUCACCCAGAUGGCCGAGAUGUGAGCCUUAACCUUGAUAACCUUAGCAUUUGUAUCGCUCUUAUUCUUUGAUGAAUGAUAGAGGGAGGCAUCAAGAUGGGCAAAGAAGCGACUCCCCGCUUGUCAUCCGGUGCAUUAAGAGCGUGCCUCUCAGCCUAUGUGCCUUCAAACCCUCUUCUCAUUGGUGGAGGGCAAAAAGUAAAUGGACAGUAUUCAAAUUGAUACAAGGCCCUUCUCUUUAGUUAGAAUCUGGAAUUAAGGAAUAUAAAUAUCCCUCCAUUUUACCUUCGGUAGACUGCCUUCCAACACCCUCUCCUCUGAAGCAGAGGAAAAGAAGUAUAUCCAAGAGAAGCUCCUAAUCUCUUAGAGACGGUUUCUUUCUCCUUAGACAAUAGAAGGAAUAGCCUCUUCCUCCAUCCGUAUUUCUGUUUCAAAGACCAGCCCUUUUAAAACUACCAGACCUGAUCUCUCUGCAAUCACAACGACGACAUCCACCAAACGCCUUUCCUCCGCAAAAUCCAUCAUCACCAAAUCCAGCAGACUCAGUCUGUUCCAGCUCUCCUCCCGUGCGAUACGCUCGCAGAUUACGUAAUUUUGCAUCUGG